GGGCAGACGAUUUCUAGGAUGCUUACGAAAAAAUUUUUCUAUCUGAAACAGUUAAAAGACAGCGCUGCCAAUUCCAAAACAACCGCCGCCCUCUCUCUUCUCUACACCUGUCCUCCCUACCUCAUUGUUUUUUCUUACCUUCUGUAGAUAUACUAAAAAAAAAAAAAAGAUGGCAUCGACUUCCUCAGCAUUCCACAAGGCAGGUGACGACCUGCGCAUCGAGGGCUACGACCCGCUGAUUCCGCCCAACAUCCUGCAGAUGGAGCACCCGCUGAGCGCGACCUCCGAGGAUGUGAUCGCCGCCGGCCGCAAGCAGGCGUCGGAGAUCCUGCGCCGCCGCGACGACCGCCUGAUCGUCGUGGUGGGCCCGUGUUCGAUCCACGACCCGAAGGCUGCCAUCGAGUACUGCGAGAAGCUGAAGGUCCUGGCCGACACCCUCAAGGACGACCUGUGCAUCAUCAUGCGCGUGUACUUUGAGAAGCCGCGGACGACCGUGGGCUGGAAGGGCCUGAUCAACGACCCGGAUCUGAACGACACCUUCAACAUCAACAAGGGCCUGCAUGCUGCACGCGACCUCCUGUGCAAGAUCACCGAGAUGGGCAUGCCGGCCGGCUGCGAGCUGCUGGACACCAUUUCGCCGCAGUUCCUGGGGGAUCUGUUCUCGUGGGGCGCCAUUGGAGCGCGCACGACCGAGUCGCAGCUGCACCGCGAGCUGGCGUCGGGCGUGUCCUUCCCCGUGGGCUUCAAGAACGGCACCGACGGCAACGCGACCAUCGCCGUCGACGCCAUCCGGUCUGCCAGCCACCCGCACCACUUUUUGGGCGUGACCAAGUCGGGCCUGGCUGCAAUCACCAAGACCCGCGGCAACCCGCUCUGCCACAUCAUCCUGCGCGGCGGCAACAGCGGGCCCAACUUUGGCGCCGAGUGGGUGGCCAAGAUCUCGGAGCAGAUCUCCAAGGCCGGCGUGGUCGACAACAUCAUGAUUGACUGCAGCCACGGCAACUCCAGCAAGGACCACCGCAACCAGCCCAAGGUCAGCAGCGACAUUGCCAAGCAGAUCGCUGCCGGCAACAAGGCCAUCGUCGGCGUCAUGAUCGAGAGCAACAUCGCCGAGGGCCGCCAGAACAUCCCCGAUGAGGCCAACGGCGGCGUCGCUGCCCUCAAGUACGGCCAGAGCAUCACCGAUGCCUGCGUCAGCUGGGAGCAGACCGUGCCCAUGCUGCAGGAGCUUGCUGAGGCUGUGCGCGCCAGGCGUCAGGCCAACUGAGAAGACCGCCAUCUCUUGAUUAUCUUUUGGUAUUAAAGAACCUUUAGCUUACUUGCCAAUCGGCUCGAUUUCUUCCUCCGCCAGACCGUUUGCUUAUUUGUUUUCUUCACUUGUAUCGCCGCACGUGACUGCUGCCUGGACUGUGCCCGGACUUUGAUUGCUGUUCGGAGCUAGCCGUGCGCCGGAAGUCAAUCCACUCGCUUCCCGCUCUUUGCCUGAUGCAGAGCCGGCACCAGGCAUGUGAUUCCAUGUAUAAAAGGCUGCAGUGG